CGUAACGGUCCUCGGUUGCCCUUUCACUCCCGAACCGAGAACGUAUCACGCUUCUUAAAAAAUUCAACGAUUAUCACAAGAAGCACAACAAUCACAACUAUCGUUACCACCCUCUUUGCCUCCUCCUCUCUCCUUACCUUCAGCUCUUGCGACUCAAUCUCUUAUACCAACGUACCACAACAUUCUUUUCUCUCUUUUUCCAACUGACACUUUCUUUUUUCCUUUUUUUUUUUUUUUUGCAUUCUCCGCUACUGUGGUUUUGCCCGUUUUGUUGUUUGUUUUUCUUUUUUCGUAGAUUUUUACUUUUUUCUUUGUUCGUCCAUUUUCCUCUCCGUUUCAUUGACCGAUUCUCAGUGGCAUCUAGUUCUUCAUUUUCGAAUAUUCAUCGCUACCUACUCUACUCGUCUGCUCUCCCGCUAGUGUCAGAUUCCGUUCCGGCUGACAGAUCGACGCACGCAGUCGCCAGCACGUGUGGUCAAUGAUAGCCACUGCUUUAAAAAGUCGGAACGGCCAAUAGCAAGAGCAGAACAUACGGGCAACAGAACAUCAUAGAUAUAGAGGAAUUAUAAACGUGUUUAUCAGUGAAUUCAUCAGCAUUAUUGACGAUUCUGCAGUUAUUUUUCGCACAGUUUUCAAUUAUCAAGUGACCUCGGAAAGCGACUCUCUCAUUCGCCGAUCUUCUACAUUACGUCUUUGCUAUUGUCCCCAGAACGUAGACAUUUGCUUUGUAGAUAUAGAGGAAAAAAAAAUGCAGGUAUGAGAUAAACAACCAAUGCGUCACAAAGUUUUCCAUUUUGUCAUGUGAAAGUGAGAUUCAGUCGGACAAUCACGAACCGGUGAGCCUCUCAUUCUUCUUUGUCAACCUUUGCCUACGCAAUCCGCUAGUUUUUGAAAGCCAUUGGGCUGCUACUGUUUGCCAUCUUCACGUAUACAGCCAAGCCCAGCCUACAGAGCCGAUACACGUUAGCGAAUUCUUACGGGAAACCAAGCGAACAGGCUGACAACGCGGAAACAAGUGGAAAUAUUAAAAGAAGGGAAAAGGAGAUAACGAGAUUGAGAAAAGAGUACGGUGGUCUUGUUUGAAAAGCAGCUGUCACGAAAGCAGCCAAACAGGGUCAAUACCAAGAAAUCUAAAGAGCUUCAAUAAGACGAAAGGAUGUCGAAUGUCUUCUUCUUCCGACUGCACAAGCUGCGCCGACAGCAGGAACAGGAACAAGAGCGUCGCCAGCUUCAACAGCAACGCAGACUGUCUGGCUCCAGCAGUGUCAAUGGAAGCGGAAAGAGGCCAAUGAAGAUGGGACGCUUCCGGCAAUUGACUCGCCCGUCUAUCCACUGCCCGUCCCUCGUCGAUUCCAACGUCCUCACUAUGGUGCCCGGGCGGCUGUUUGAGCGACCCGCCACCAUGGACCCCACAGACAGUCUCGACUAUAUUGCCUUGCAAAUUCCCAGAGUGCGAGUGGAGUACUACGUCAACGAGAACACAUUCAAGGAACGGCUUCAGCUCUAUUUCAUACGCAACCAACGAUCAAGUCUACGGAUCCGCAUCUUCAACUUGUUAAUCAAGCUGUUGACGUGCCUGCUCUACGUCGGACGCGUCAUUUUCGACAAUGAUCCUACGCAAGCCACCUGUUACGGAUGCGAGGUGGGUAAUAAAACUGAAUAUUUGGCUGCGUAUGAGAAGACGCCUCAACAGUUUAUGGACAAUCCCAUCAUUCACUGGGAAGCUAUCUGGUGGAUAGAACGGCCCACUGCGCUAUGGGUCAUCGAAGUCAUUUUCGCCCUCAUCAGCCUCAUUGAAGCUUUCCUCGUUGCCUAUCUCAGCUACAAAGGAAACAUCUUGCAGGAAAUCCUUUCGUUUUACUUCAUUUUGGAGCUCGUCAACACCAUACCUUACAUUUUAACGUUGUUUUACUCGCCAUUACGCCAUCUCUUUAUUCCCGUCUUCCUCAACUGUUGGCUGGCGAAACGAGCUCUCGAAAACAUGUUUAAUGACCUCCAUCGGGCGAUGCAGCGUUCCCAGUCUGCCCUGUCACAGCAGUUGAUGGUCUUGUCUGCCACCCUUCUUUGCCUCGUAUUUACCAGUGUGUGCGGAGUUCAGCAUUUCCAGCGAGCAGGUCAUCGGCACUUCAACUUGUUCCAGUCGUGCUACUUUGUUGUAGUGACCUUCUCAACUGUGGGUUAUGGCGACUACGUCCCAGAUAUAUGGCCGUCGCAACUCUAUAUGGUCGUCAUGAUUUGCGUUGCUCUCAUUGUCUUGCCCACUCAGUUUGAGCAGUUGGCCUUCACUUGGAUGGAACGUAAGAAAUUGGGAGGCACUUAUUCCUCUCACCGAGCCCAGUCGGAGCGUCACGUUGUUGUCUGUUCAACGUCUUUGCACGCAGACACCAUAAUGGACUUUCUCAACGAGUUCUAUGCGCAUCCUCUUCUCCAGGAUUAUUAUGUGGUACUUUUAUCACCCAUCGAGCUGGACACAACAAUGCGAAUGAUCCUACAAGUGCCGAUGUGGGCACAACGAGUUAUCUACAUCCAAGGAUCUUGUCUCAAGGAUGCCGAUUUAGCCCGGGCACGCAUGAAUGAUGCAGAAGCCUGUUUUGUUCUCGCCGCAAGGAACUACUGUGAUAAAACAGCAGCCGAUGAACACACGAUAUUGCGAUCGUGGGCCGUCAAGGAUUUUGCCCCCGAAGUUCCUCAAUACGUGCAGAUUUUCCGACCAGAAAACAAACUGCACGUUAAAUUUGCACAACACGUUGUGUGUGAGGACGAGUUCAAGUAUGCUUUGUUAGCAAACAACUGUCUGGCUCCGGGAACAUCAACUUUGGUUACGUUACUUCUUCACACUUCUCGCGGCCAGGAAGGCCAAGUGUCGGAUGAAGAGUGGCAUAGGCUAUACGGCAAAUGUAGCGGCAACGAGAUCUACCACAUUCUGUUAGCUGAGAGCCGUUUUUUCGGCGAGUACGAUGGCAAAAGUUUCACAUAUGCCAGUUUUCACUCACAUCGGAAAUAUGGUGUGGCACUGGUGGGGGUGAGACCAGCCGAGUUACCCGAAUUCUACGAGGAAACCAUUUUACUGAAUCCAGGCCCUCGACACAUCAUGAAAAAAACUGAUAUUUGUUUCUACAUGAGCAUCACCAAGGAGGAAAAUUCGGCCUUCGUUGCCACGCCGACUGCCUCCAGUGGCACAGAUACCGCCGCCCAAAUGCAACAACCAAGUAGCGGUAGUACUCAAUCCAAUAUGGAGGCUGGCGUGACUUCUACCAUGUCGGGAGGUUUCGUAAAAUCUAAAGAGACGGUUUUGACGACGACAACUAUGACAACAAGCGGAAUCGUUUCUGCUCGUCACGUUAUACCAAACAGCAGAACACAGACUUCUUUUCAAGGAAAUAUUUACGAUGGACUAACAGCUCGUUGUUCGUCGCCCAACAUAUUUGAUAGUGGAAUGCCUCGCCGUGGUAGUUUCAUCAACCGAAAUGACUCAAUGGAUAGCACGACGGCCUGUUCUUUGGGCAACCAAAGCCUGGGCAACGCAGCAAUGUUGGCCGGUGGUGCGAGCAAUUUUCUUGGCGUGCCGAAGAGCGACUCUCCCGGCCUUUUAGCCGUUCCUAGUGGACACUGCGAAAGCCGACGACCGAGCAUCUUGCCAGUCCCAGAUAUGUUUUCGGGUUCUACUAUAAACCUGGUAGCUGGUCAUACCACAGCCACGGAGGAUAGUGAGGAUGAGAUCGACGAUGACGUUCCGUGGCCCGCCCCAACCGAAAAGAUCUCGAUCGUGAAAGGUUUUCCCCCGGUGUCGCCGUACAUUGGCGUUAGCCCCACCUUGUGUUACCUUUUGAAGGAGAAGAAACCACUUUGCUGUUUACAACUGACUCAGGUGUGUGAGCAUUCGAGCCAUCGAAGUGCCAAGGAAUAUAAUUGGUCUAACAAAGUCAUCAUCCUCGCAGCUGAUUACGCCUCUACCGGCAUCUAUAAUUUCGUUAUUCCUUUGAGAGCUCAUUUUCGCACUAAGUCAAGUUUAAAUCCUAUUGUGUUGCUACUGGAACGCAAACCGGAUGUCGCGUUCCUGGACUCCAUCUCUUAUUUUCCGUUUGUCUACUGGAUGCUUGGGACCAUUGACUGUUUGGACGACCUGAUAAAAGCGGGUAUAAUACUGGCCGAAAACGUUGUCGUCGUAAACAAGGAGUUUUCCAAUUCGGCCGAAGAAGACACACUCUCUGAUUGUAACACCAUCGUCUCCGUGCAGACUAUGUUCAAGUUUUUCCCAAGUAUUAAGACCAUUACCGAACUCAGCCAGUCAUCCAACAUGCGUUUUAUGCAGUUUCGGGCCCACGAUAAGUAUGCUCUACAUUUGUCGCGCAUGGAAAAAGCUGAGAAGGAGCGAGGAUCGCACAUUUCCUACAUGUUUCGACUACCAUUUGCUGCCGGAAGCGUUUUCUCGGCUAGCAUGCUUGACACACUUCUCUACCAAGCUUUCGUUAAAGACUAUGUCAUUACUUUUGUCCGUCUGUUACUUGGUAUUGACCAAGCCCCCGGAUCAGGAUUUUUGAGCUCGAUGAAAAUCACAAAGGAAGACAUGUGGAUUCGCACCUAUGGACGACUCUAUCAGAAAUUAUGCUCUACCACUUGCGAAAUACCUAUUGGUAUCUACAGGACGCAAGAUACAUCCAACUCUGAGAGUGUAAGCGAGGAUAUGGCUCGGGAAGAUACUGGUUGCGCUGACAUACCCCGGCGAGGGAACUAUGACACUCCAGUUCACUCGCGGCAACACCCCGGGCGCGUUUCACUGUUGACUGACGAAGCACGUGACAAUCAUACACAACUAAUAGAACGAGCAGAAAUUGCCAGCCUAGUUCGCUCAAGAAUGGACAGCCUUGGUAUCGAUACCCUCGAUUACGAUGAUGUCUCUGAGAAAAGAUCGUCACUUUCUUACGUCAUCAUCAAUCCUAGCUGUGAUCUCAAGUUAGAAGAGGGCGAUAUAAUUUAUCUUAUCCGACCAAGUCCAUUCUCGGCCCAGAAGACGUUCGAACGGCACAACAGUCGCCGUCGGUCGCAUAUCAACAUCUGCGAGGAAAGACGUCGACGCAAUAGUACGAAACCAAUGCCACAGAAAGCCAACUCGCUUUCUCUGCCAGAUAGCCCAGACAUCUCCUUAGGUCCGCCUUCCGGCCUGGGUGCAAAUCGCGGAAGAUCUCAUUCGCUUCGCGUCGAUGAUAUUCUAAUGAGGCGUUCUAGCUCUCUGCGCCAAGGCUUGAUGGCACGUAAUACCUCAAGUGUGGAGGAGGUAAGCUUGAAUUUAGAACCUAGUGGAGGGACUAGUCCUUUUUGUGGAUCAGGCUUACGUGGUGGAAGCAUCAAAAUUCCUUUGAAUGGCAGCAUUGGUUUGGAGGUCACUCCUCCGGCUGACCAACAGUGUAGUGCCUCCGAGGAAUCUCUAGAUCUUCGUGGUACGAUCGUAUGACACCACCCUCCACCCGUAGCUCAAUCCAGUAUAAAAAGUAGCAAUCACCUCCCGAAGCCAAUUACACCCUCCAUUUUUGUCUGUGAAUCAGAUGACUAAAACAUGAUAAGAACGAAAAUUUCGAUCACUGGAAAUCCUACCCUUUCUCUGUUCAUUCCAGUUUACAUCAAUAUUUAACAUCACGUACGCAAAUUGAAAGGCAUGUUAAGCUUAGCUUAUUUUUCUUUCUCUUACUCGCAAGCACACAUAGAAAAUACCUUAUGAGACACUAUCCACAAUAUUUGAUCUACACUCCGUCAUUCCCUAUAGCCUCCACUGCCUUGAUUCUUUUCACAGAUUGUUGGAAUUGUGCAGAAAAAUUUAGACAAUAGCAUUCGCCAUACAUCCGUGGGAGACUCCUCUGAAAUUUGUACGUAUUGGAUCAUGUAGAAAUUUUGGCAUAUUUAUCGGAAUGACAAGGAGAAAUCGUAUUGUUAUUCGAAAAAUAAAUAAUUCGCAACUGUGAUUUUAAUAUUACGAAAUCAUGCAUGUUUCUCUCUUAUAGAAGUAUCCUGUUAUAUACGCGUUUCCACUAUUUUCUUUCACUUGUAAUGGUCCAUCAUUUGCACCAUACGCCUUUCUACAUAUCUCUCAUUUGUUGAAACACCAAUGGAGUUUCCUACUUACGUAAAUUCUAAUGCCAUCAAACCCUAGCCAGUAGGCUAUUUCACUCAAACUUUAUAAGUAUACCAUUCGAUCACAAUGUAUUGUAUUUGAUUUUCAUGUUGUGAUUAAUUCUUAUAAAGCUUAAUUUUAUCAUCAUCGAUUUGCAUGUUUACUCUAUUGUUCUAACCAAAUCCUAAAUGAUCAAGAAUGACGAUCAAUAAGGUGGGCCUGUUUCCUUACUGAGAUAAAUGAUCAUUCCUUUAUGACAAUUUUCGUUAAUUUAUUAGAAAGGCAUCAGCUUCGACUUACAAAAUUUGUGUGAUGACAACCAUAAAAAAGAGAAACUGAAUUUAAAUGAAAAUGCUUA